CAUUUCAAGUGCAAUUUUGAUGACAGAUGCGGUUCCCGAUAAUUGGAUCGCCCGGUCCUUAUUUUGGGAGAUACCAUGGUCGUUUGGGCUCGGAGGUAUUACGGUAUAUCUGGUUGGUAUUGCACAAACUAUAUCCCAGAGUAGUUCAGCCGCUGGAUGGCUGCCAUCACCGCUUAUUGUCGACAUCACAGGCUUUAUUGCUCUGUUUGGUCCGUUAAUUUGUGGCGUAUCUUUUGCUAUUGGUGCUGGUGCUGCAGCUGAAAACAACCUUAUCGGUACAGCCGAGACUCUAAUUCGUGUAUCCUACAUGCUGUGGUUUGUUUGGGUCGCGUCCAUUGGUGGCGCUGUUCUUUAUGCAAGUAUUCGACUUGUUCGUGUAUUAGAAAGCCAUCACCGAAAGUUUCGACAAGGGGGCAGUUUUGCGACUGUAAUUUCCGGGAUCUACAGAAUCCAAUUGAUGGCUGCUUCGUUCAUCAUUUGUCUAUGGACUUUUGCUGCAAUCUUAUUGCUGUACUGUGCACUUCGAGACCAAAUUAUGGCAAACAUUGUAGGUAGCAUCUUCAUUGGUGCAACUUGGUCAAUUCUCGGAAGUUUCACUACACUGAUAGCAUUGAUAUCAGUACUUGUUAGUCCUAACAUGAGGAAUAAUCCUGCACUAAGAUCAAAUAACUUAACGAAUGGCACCAGCAAUUACACAACAAGCACGCAUCCUGAUCCACGCGGAUAUGGUGACUCAACUAUCGGUGCCAUGACUGCUACUUCUCAGGACGAUACCGAGGCAAUAUUGUAUGCUAUUGAAGCAAAUGGCAGAGAGGAACAGUGGAAUUCACAGCAAGGACAAUUGAACAAAAGCAAAAAGCCAUGGAAUAAUUUUCUGAGCGCCAGUACACCAAGUCGACGUGGGUCAAACGCAUCCUCACAGCUGGAGCUAACAUCGUACGAGCAGGAUCAAGUGGAAGCUUUGCCACAUUAUAGAUAGAUAAGCAUUACGCUCUUAAUGUAAAACCCUUAUUUUCUGUAACUUUUUGCUCUCUAAUGUUGUUUUAUCAAUGCAUUGUACAUAUAUUUAGCUUAAGUCAUUUCGAC